AUGGAGGCAUCAGUCUCCUCCUCAUCUAUUGAUGAUGAUUUCACUCCGGAACCGCGUGGGCGAUGCUACACAUGGCCUAUGCAGCACUUUCUCUAUGACCCGGCGGUGGCUGAACAUCCACCACCGGUUCUACCGCCGCAUCCACCAACUCCAAUGCUACGGGAACCCACCGUUGCUCAACUGUUGGCGGCUACACCUUCAUCAUCUUCCUCAGCGAUGGGUACACAUUUAAUGCCCUUAGGAAUGUCUCUACCUCCUGGUAUUUCCGCCACUGGACAAGCUCUUUUACCGCCGAAGAAGAAACGAUGUCGUAAGAAGCCGAGUGAUCAACUAGCUCAGAAAAAACCGAAUCCAUGGGGCGAAGAGUCCUAUUCGGAUCUUAUCGCCAAAGCUCUGGAAUCUGCUCCGGAUGGUCGUCUGAAGCUGAAUGAGAUUUACCAAUGGUUUUCUGAUAAUAUUCCCUAUUUUCGUGAACGAUCUAGUCAAGAAGAGGCUGCUGGAUGGAAGAACUCGAUUCGACACAAUCUCUCAUUACAUUCGCGUUUUAUGCGUAUUCAAAAUGAGGGUGCCGGUAAAUCGUCAUGGUGGGUGAUCAAUCCGGAUGCGAAACCCGGCCGGAAUCCACGAAGAGUACGAGCAUCCACGUUGGAUACAACUAGCAAGGCGACGCUUAGCAAAAAGCUAAAAGGAGCUCGGAAACGAAUCCACGAUAUCCGAGCCGUGGGUGGUUUACAUAGUGGAGUGUCGAGCUUGGCUGGUUCACAGGCAUCCAUCAUGUCGCAUGAUAUUUAUGGUGACGAUGAAGCCAUGCAAGCCUCAUUUGAUCCGAUGUUUCGUCCGCGAACCCAGUCGAAUUUGUCAGUGCCUGGCUCAUCAACACGGGUUUCUCCGUCGAUGGAGCAUCCAUUUGACGAUUUUGAGUUCCCCAGUUGGGUGAACGACGCCACCGCUGCUGCAUCCGCAGCCGCUGCGACCGCGGCGGCCAAUGCCGCCAAUCACACAGGCGCCGCGCCCAUCCCCACUGAUAUCCUGGAUAGGACUGAUCAGAUGCGAAUCGAUUCAUGUCGGUUAAUGAUGAACGGUGUUAAACAGGAGUCGAAACAGGUUAAGACGGAAACACCAGUCGUUCCACCACCAUCCUACCUCGAAUUGAGCAGUGUCCGUAAUCAAUCGCAACUUCAGAAUCCACUACUGCGAACGCAGUUGGCGUCGAUGAAAUUCCCCACCUCUGGGCUUCCGCUCCCGUAUCAGACAUAUUCCCCGUGGCCAACGCAUACUCCUCUGUUGCCACCGUCAUCAUGCGCUGCGGUAGCGCAAGCGAAUUCCGUCGCUGCAGCCGCUGCAUUGCCGUCGGAUCUGGAGAGUCUGACAUUGCCCGACCAACCGUUAAUGGAUUUCGAAGUUGAAUCACUGUUACGACAUGAGCUGUCACAAACAACCGAUCAUCGCCUGAAUUUCGACAAUCUCUGA